AUGGACGAAAUUUCACAACAUGCAUCUGUUGAUAAAAUUGAAAGUGAAGCUUUGGUUUGGAAUAUACAUGACGUUAGUGAUCAACGAUUAAGAACUGAGGAUGUGAAACUCCUUAUUAAAGGUAUAAUAGAUGAUGCCGAAGAAAAAGACAUAAAAAUUAAUUGUUAUGUAUCAGAUUCUGCUGGCGAGUAUGCAGUUGCAAG